AUGGGUAUUCAUUUCGCAAUUAGUAACCAAAACUCGGCUAAUCUACAGUGUUUAGACACCGAGGCAACGGAGAAAACUUCUUCGCAAGGUCGAUCAACGUCCCCCGAAGACCCAAAGCACGAGGAAAUCCCAGAUGGAGGUCUUUUGGCGUGGACGCAAGUCGUCAUGGGCCACUUGGUCAUCUUCAACUGCUGGGGAUACAUUACGUCUUUCGGUUUCUUUCAACAAUACUAUGUUGAAAGCCUGGGUAUAUCAUCAUCAGACUCUGCCUGGAUAGGCGGUUUGCAGAUGUUUCUAUUGAACUUUGUCGGCGUCUUCUCCGGAAGGACAGUCGACAUGGGGUACUUCAGACAAACCCUCCUUCUCGGGUGCACACUCCAAGUCUUGGGUAUCUUCAUGACUGCCCUAUCAACGAAAUACUGGCAGUUGUUUCUCGCACAAGGUGUCUGCAGCGGUCUCGGACACGGCUUUUUGUUCGCACCAAUCGUCUCUAUCCUGCCGACUUAUUUCAAGAAGCAUAGAGCGGUUGCUGUUUCUCUGGCCACUUGUGGAGCCUCGACGGGCGGUAUGGUAUUUCCGCUCAUUGCCUACUCAUGCCUCAACCGCGUAGGGUUUCGAUGGACCGUCCUGAUUAUGUCCUUUGUUGUGACCUUCAAUGCUGCUAUGAUUCUCAGCUUUACCAAGACCCGUGUUCCGGUCCGUAAACCACGUUCGAUUCUUGAUACGCGGGCGUUCAAGGAACGAUCCUUCACUCUAUUUACGAUAGGCUCUUUCCUCGCUCUAUGGGGGUUGUAUUUCGCUUACUUCUAUAUUGGUGUUUUCGGGCGCACAAUACUUAAUUUCUCCCAAACCCAAUCUUUGUUGUUCAUUAUCGUCAUGAACGGUGUGGGAUUGCUUGGCCGGGUCAUUCCAGCAUUUCUGGCUGAUCGAUACUUUGGAAUACUGAGAACACUUAUCCCUGUAGCUGGGAUUAGUGGGCUACUGCUAUUUGGUUGGGCAGGUGUAUCCUCCACUGAGGGAUUGUUUGGAUGGGCUGUUAUCUACGGCAUUGCGGCCAAUGCUACCCAGAGCCUCUUUCCAGCAGCUACUGGAGACUUAAGUACUGAUCCGACAAGAGUGGGCACCAAGGUUGGCAUGGUCUUUGGUAUCGUGAGCGUAUCAUGUCUCACAGGACCAGUUAUUGGAGCACAACUUGUUGCGAUUCAUGAUGGGAACUUUUUAUAUGCUCAGUUGUUUGGAGGCGCCACGCUAUUGGCGGGCUGCUUAGCCUACGUGUUAGCAGCCAUCACGAAGCCAAAACCAAGCCCCAAUUAG